UCUAAAGAUUGUUGAAUGGGAUCCCAGUGUGAUCUGGCUCAGAAGCGGGAGGGGAGCACGGCUCACAAGUUCUGGAGCAGGACUGAGCAAGAGGCGGUCUGCUGUCCGACUUUCAUCGACAUUCCUCUGUCUGUUUCGCCCGCAGAGUUGAGCCAAACGUCCACGGCGCGUAAUUACGCACGGGCACGACGGAGCCGCGCUGUUACUGGCCGUGGAAACCCACGGACAAAGGACGGCAGGCAGGCAGGCAGGCAGGCAGACGGGCUGGAGUACUACAACUGCCUGACUUCAGAGGAGAGAAGGCGAAAACGACGGGAAUCUGGAGUCGGAAGUGAUUUGUGUUUUUACUCUUGAGAAAUGUAACGCAGGAAAAGGAUUUCGGGAAGAAAGUCAGCCUUUUUGGAGAGAGGAGAAAGCGGGCCGGGCAGACUUCUGACAGGAAUAACUCCUAAAAAAAAAUCAACAUCCACAUCAUCGGAGCAUGGGAGGAGGUCUCUGAGAGCUUAAAAUGUACCCGAGACACCGUGACAGGGAGCAGCCCAUCUUCAGCACCCGAGCCCAUGUCUUCCAGAUCGACCCGGCGACCAAACGUAACUGGCUGCCGGCCAGCAAACAUGCCGUCACCGUAUCCUUCUUCUACGAUGCCAGCCGCAGCGUCUACCGCAUCAUCAGUGUGGGCGGGACUAAGGCUAUCAUCAACAGCACCAUCACCCCCAACAUGACGUUCACCAAAACGUCCCAGAAGUUUGGCCAGUGGGCAGACAGCCGGGCGAACACCGUCUACGGCCUGGGUUUCUCCACGGAGCAGCAGCUGCAGCAGUUUGCAGAGCAGUUUAAGGAGGUGAAGGAAGCAGCUCGUCUGGCCAGAGAGAAAUCUCAGGAGAGGUUUGAACUGGCCAACCCUGGACUCAACAUCGCAGCUCCUCAGCUCUCGCAGGAGCUGUCGGAGGAGCGUCACUCUCCGCCGCUGCUGACAGUUAACGGGCCCGGAGAGGAGAAGCUGUUUCGCAGCAGGAGCGCAGAGGUGGAGCUGACGGUUGAGAAGGAACGGGUCAAAAAGAUGCUGUCUGAGGGGUCCAUGUGCGAGCUCAACAUGGAGGCCGAACUCUUCACUCUGCAGGACAGCAACGCCAAGCUGGUGGCAGCGCUGCAGGAAGCCAACAGCAGCGUGGAGCAGUGGAAGAAACAGCUGGCAGAAUACCAGGAGGAGACGGAUCGCCUCCGAGACCAGGUGGCUGAGCUGGAGGCCCAGCUGGGGCGUCCUGUUGCUGGUCAGCCGGGUAAAGAGGAGCUGAGUCGGUCGUUGGAGGAGCUGGAAGCCUUGCUGAGAGCCAAAGAGCAGGAGAUUCAAAAUCUACAGUGCAGGAAAACAGAUGUGGGCGAACUGGAAAAAGAGAAAGAAGAAGUCUUGCAGAGACUUCAGGAUCUGGAGAGACGAAACACCGAGCUGGAGAGCCGCGUUGAGAGCGCUGAAAAAACGUUGGCCACGAAUCGCGAGGAGCAGGAGCAGUCAGAGGUUGAAGUCCAACGAAUCAUCGGGGUUCUGGAUGUCAAAAUUGGUGACCUGAAAGGCCUCAGAGAAAGCCUAGCAAAACUGGUUAAGUAGCCACAGCUGGAGCUGGGAUGCAUCUCCACAGUCUGUGCUCGUGUCCUCCGUGGGGCCUUGGUCAGUGUUGAAUUGGUGCAGCAGGAGAGCAGACGUCAAAGGAGAUAUGGUGUUUCUGUGAGAAUCAGUGAAGAUUGAUAUCAACGUUCGCGAUGACUCGCUGCCACAACUGACUAACAGCUCUGAGUGAGGUAGAUCCAUCGACUACGGACAAUACCAUCACCCUUUAUAGCUUUUUGAUGCUGGAGCUAUAAAAUACACUUGGUGGAACUCUCAUCUAAGGCCUCGUCUACAAAUAAAAACAGACACAUUUAUA